AUGGUCUGCCCGCUGGACCUCGCUCUCACCGGAACCGCGUGGGCUCGCUUUCUGAACGAGCUGCUCACGUGCGGGCUCCUCGACGCAGCCCCCUUCUCCUCUUCGGCUGCACUACAGCUGGCGAUCGACCGCCUCGAUGUGUCGCCAGCGGCGCUGGAGGUGAAAGAGCCCGAUCUCCUCCCGGUGGGGGGCCUCGCCGCCGCGGCCGCGCUGGCGGGAGAUGCUGCUCAUGCGCAGCGCGGGGCGCCUCGCCGAGCCAGCGCCGCGGCGUCUGCGGCGAGGCCGGCGGCGGCUGCACGCGCGGCCCUCGCGCCAUGCCUCGCCCCGCUGGCCUGCACCCCGCUCUCCACCCUAGAGGUCGAGGGGGACGCGCCGUGGACCGUGAUCGCCUACCUCUCCGGCAUGCUCGGCCCCUGCCUUCAACGAUUGGGUGAAUUCCGGAUGACUGCGCAUAAUGGGGUUGACCCGCCGCGCAGCAAGCCGGCGGUAGCUUCGCACGUCCCCGACAACUCCGAGAAUGACCCGCACGAGAAGUGCGCGUCGGCGGCGCACUUUUCCUCCCAGGCUGUGGCUGCUGCCUUGGCCACCCUGGCCUCCCUCGAGGGGUCGCCAGGACCCGCCGCGGCCCUGGCGCGGCCCACGGGCGGCUUUAUGCUCAUCGACGCCUUCACCCUCGUCGGCCUGGCCGGAAAAUACGCCAGCCGCUCGGGGGCGAAGUGGGUCGCGUCCCUCGAUUUUGUUCAACCCAGCAUCCACACCCUUUAG